AUGUCGGCAGAUGUGGUGAAGCAGGGAACAUCCCCACCAACUGUGGAGAGGGCAGUGACUGCAGUGGAGCAUGACGAUAAUGAUAUUGGACUGUAUCCAGCGCCCAUCGUACUGGUGCUACGUCACCAGUGGGCAGCUGAGGCUCUGAGUGCCGUGAAGGAAACAGAGAGUGUGGACCGCCUGAACCUUGUGAAGUCAUAUUACAACGGUUUUGUCACCAUUGUGUGUCGGUCGCUUUACUUGCUGCAUCUUGAUUUUGUCGCCUUUUCCAGGGUGCAGGCGCAGCAAAAACUCAGCACGGGAUUAAGAAGCACACCGGCCCAAUGGAACUCCACUAGGAAAGUCGAUGAUCUCGCAACAACUAAAGCAGGCCGACGGUGUGCAGCAAAGUCAUUGGGUGUUGAUGUGGAACGGGAAAGCAAUGAAUAUCCUUCAACGGGAUUUCAGCAUCGCUUGCGUGUGAACAACUUUCGGCGGAUGAAUCAAGAAAUAAUUGAGAGGCAACGGCAGCUGGCAGAUUUUGCGACACAUGAGAUGCGAAGGAUGGAAGCAACACGAAGGCUUGAAGAGUUACUUUAUGCGAGAAGAAUUGUUAAUGACUGCAAGUCCUCCAAGGCGCAGGAGGCCACAGUCCGGGAGGCGCGGGACCAACAGCGAGCAACAAAGUUCAAGGCUCGACAAAAUAAUUUUCUUGCACGGCAGUCAAGACUGCAAGAGUUCAAGAAAAGGCAGCAUCGCCAGUUGGCGGCGGAACGUGAGAAACUGCAGCUUCUCUUGCAGGAACGCCGCAUCCACUUUGAGAAUGAAAUGACGGAGCUGCAAGUUGCUGCAGAGUACAUACACGAGAUGUACCGCGACGGACGUCCUGGGGACUGUGCUUCUAUGGCGUCUGUGUUCCCCUCUCUACAAUCAUUCUUUCCGACGGUAUUUCGCCAGGCGUCCAUGUCGCGUUGCAACAGACGAUCGAGGGCAACCAUAAGUGAGGAGGAUUACCUACGGUUGUGUUGUUUGAAGGGAGCUCCGAUACAGCAUGUGGUCGCUGUUGCACUUGAAUCGACACCCCCCACCUCAAUACCGCAGGAGGACAUUUCAUGGAAUUAUCAGCGGUCAUGUAAUCAUCCGAUACUCUGGCACUGA